CGUGCUCUACGGUAGUUGAUUCAGUCAGUCAGUCAGUCAGUCAGUCACACCGUCUUCGGGGUUUGUCUCACAUCGUCUUUGUGAAGUGAAGCGAGCGAAGGAGCGGAGCGCCGUAAAAACACGCGGCGUGGAAGGAACAAUACGCGCCUUUGCUUCUGAGCUUCGAGCAGAAAAUCUCCUCUUAAGGAGAGGUCAGCACCGGAUUGUGCAGGAGGAAUACAUGAAGGGCGGGGCGGGGGAGGGGGUGCCAGCAGGAGCAGCACAAGCACCCCUGAGGUUACGCAGAUUCACUCUGUGAUUUAUGAAGGCUAAGAAGCAGGUUUUGCUUAAGAGCAAAAACAGGAGCCUCCUCGUCAGAAUCGAAUAAGAAAAAAACAAACAAACCAGCUUUUAAUGGAGUCCUGGUAGAGACAUCAAGAUGAACACAUUACCAUCAAUGGACCGGCAUAUCCAGCAGACCAAUGACAGGCUGCAGUGCAUCAAACAGCACUUACAGAACCCGGCCAACUUCCACUCGGCUGCCACAGAGCUGCUUGACUGGUGUGGAGAUCCACGGGCCUUCCAGCGACCUUUCGAGCAAAGUCUCAUGGGAUGUCUGACGGUGGUGAGUCGUGUUGCCGCUCAGCAGGGUUUCGACUUGGACCUAGGCUACAGGUUGCUCGCUGUGUGUGCUGCCAACCGGGACAAAUUCACUCCUAAGUCUGCAGAAACCAGCACCUGCAGGAGAUGUCAGAGUGACUCAGCUUUGCUGUCAUCGUGGUGCGAGGAGCUGGGCCGUCUCCUCCUACUGCGUCACCAGAAGAACAGGCAGAACGAACCACAGGGAAAAGUCCCCAUGCAGCCCGGCAUGAAGCCUGGCCUCACACACAGUGAUGGGUCCUUUCCUUAUGACUCUGUCCCCUGGCAACAAAACACCAACCAGCCCCCAGGGUCACUAUCCGUGGUUACAACAGUGUGGGGUGUGACUAAUACAUCACAGAGUCAGGUGCUGUGUAACCCUAUGGCAAACAGCAACAACCACAUGAACCCCGGGGCGAACCACAUGGGAUCCGGUAUGUCUGCCAGCGCAGCAGGACUCACUUCACCUCAGUUUAGCGCUCAGCAGCAGCAGUUCCCGAACAAAGGAGGGUCCGGCCAGUCGUACAUGCAGCAGGGGAUGUACGGCCGGCCCGGCUACCCUGGCGGUCCUGGGGGAUACAGCGGAAGUUACUCUGGAGGCCCAAACGCCCCUCCUGGAGGUAUGGGAAUGACCGCCCACUCACGCGCCCCUGGGGACUUCACUCCACCAGCUGCUGCAGCUGCGGCUGCAGCCGUCGCUGCUGCUGCUGCCACAGCCACGGCCACUGCGACCGCCACAGUGGCAGCUCUGCAGGAGACACAGAAUAAAGAAAUGAACCAGUACGGACAGAUGUGCCCGUCGUUCCAAAUGGGCCCUGCACCUUCCUACAACAGCCAGUUCAUGAACCAGCCAGGCCCACGAGGACCCCCUGGAGGUAUGAAUCCGGCAGCCAUGAACAACCCUAACAUGAGUGGUCCUCCAAUUGGUAUGAGUCAGGCUCGAACCCCAAGCAUGGGACCUUUUGGGGGUCCCGGCCAGAGGAUGCCUCAGCAAGGUUAUCCUGGGGGGCCGCGGCAGGGCCUUCCCAUGCAGGGGAUGAAGAGGCCGUAUCCUGGGGAGGGCAACUAUGGUGGCCAGCAGUUUGGGCCAAACAGCCAGUUCCAGCAUCAACAGGCAGGGUACCCCUCAUCGAAUGCCUCCAGGCCUCUGCCUUCCCCUAAUUACCCUAGCCAGAGGAUGCCAGUGCAGCAGGGCCAGGGACAGUACCCCCCUGGUAUGCCCAUGGGCCAGUACUAUAAGCAAGAGUCCUUUAAUGGUCAGAAUACUGGCUUCACUGGAGGCGGAUACUCCUAUAACCAAGGCAAUGGGCCCCCCAGGCCUGGUAACUACCCCCACUCUCCAGUCCCUGGAAACCCAACUCCUCCUAUGACCCCAGGAAGCAGUAUUCCCCCUUAUCUGUCUCCAAACCAAGAUGUGAAGCCCCCAUUUCCACCUGACAUGAAACCAAAUAUGACAGCACUUCCGCCCCCACCGGGCAACCCAAAUGAGGAGCUGCGGCUGACGUUCCCAGUCAGAGACGGGGUGGUGCUGGAACCGUUCCGCCUGGAGCACAACCUGGCUGUCAGUAACCACGUCUUCCAUCUGCGACCCUCCGUCCAUCAGACACUCAUGUGGAGGUCAGACCUUGAACUCCAGUUCAAGUGCUACCACCAUGAAGACAGGCAGAUGAACACCAACUGGCCGGCCUCGGUUCAGGUCAGCGUCAACGCCACACCGCUCACCAUCGAGAGGGGUGACAACAAAACCUCCCACAAGCCGCUGCACCUAAAGCACGUCUGCCAGCCGGGCAGGAACACCAUCCAGAUCACGGUCACCGCCUGCUGCUGUUCCCACCUGUUUGUGCUCCAGCUGGUCCACAGGCCAUCUGUGCGCUCCGUCCUCCAGGGGCUUCUAAAGAAGAGGCUCCUUCCUGCAGAACACUGCAUCACCAAGAUCAAGAGGAAUUUCAGCAGCGUAGCGGCAUCAGCAGGCAACACCACUCUCAACGGAGAGGACGGCGUGGAACAGACGGCCAUCAAAGUAUCCCUGAAAUGUCCCAUUACCUUUCGACGCAUCCAGCUACCCGCACGGGGACACGACUGCAAACAUGUGCAGUGCUUUGACUUGGAGUCCUACUUGCAGCUCAACUGUGAGAGGGGGACAUGGAGGUGUCCUGUGUGCAAUAAAACAGCGUUAUUAGAAGGCCUAGAGGUCGACCAGUACAUGUGGGGUAUCCUUAAUGCCAUCCAGAAUUCAGAUUUUGAGGAGGUCACUAUCGACCCCACCUGUAGCUGGAGACCUGUUCCAAUCAAAUCAGAGCUGCACAUAAAAGAGGAUCCAGAUGGACCGCUGGCGAAGCGCUUUAAGACCAUGAGCCCCAGUCAGAUGACCAUGCCCAACGUGAUGGACAUGAUAGCUCAGCUAGGGCCUGGUCCAGGACACGGACCAGGUCCAGGUCCAAGUUCCUACCCCCCUCACCCUGGUCAGCAUCCCAGCGGCAAUGGAGGAGAUUACCCUGGAGGAGGAAACAGCUACCACAAUCAAGGUAGCUUUGACUUCCCUAACGGUAACCAAUCUGGUGGAGGUGGAGGAGGAGGAGGUCCUCCUAUGAAUGAUUUCAUCCAUGGCCCACAGCUGUCUCAUCCCCCUGAUGGACCUGGUGGUCUUCUCCCCCAGGACAAGCCCCUCAGUCACAGCAUGAACGAUUCAAUGUCCCAUUCAGAUCAGUCCCAUAACCCCAUGCAGCAGAGCAUGCAUGUGCCUCCCCACACUGGCAGCCAAUCAGGGCCGCCCUUACAUCACAGCGGCCAGUCAGGGCCGCCCCUACAUCACAGCAGCCAAUCAUCGCAGCCUCCUCGCCAGCAGCAGCAACAGCCCCAGCCGCAGCCUCAGCACCCUGGGCAGAACAGUCACCCCCACAGCGAUCUGAGCUUUAACCCCUCCUCAGAAGCGCAGAUGGCUCAGGGAGCCCAGGACAUGCCCGAACCCUCCCUGGAUCUGCUUCCAGAGUUAGCCAACCCGGAAGAGUUACUCUCCUACCUGGACCCUCCCGACCUCCCCGCCAACAGCAACGAUGACCUGCUCUCCCUUUUUGAGAACAACUAGCCCCUCCCACGCUCUCUUCCUUUGGACACUCGGAGCAGCUAGCCGCCAUCACGCACGCCAACUCACUCGAACUGUUUGUGUGUUCAUGAGGGACGUAUGGCUUAGGAGCAUGGCUGAGAAGGAAGCAGGACAUCAAUGCUCCACCCCUGCACUCCCCCCUUUUUAUUUGUUUCAUGUAAAGAUUCCACACACCAGUUCCACCUCCUCUGGCUCCACCAUUUGUAGCCAUGUUUGUGGGCACUAAAUUAAUAUGAAAUAUUUAUAUAUUAUAUACACAUACUAUAUAUGUGUAUAUGAGC